CAUGGCGCUGGAGGGAUGCAUAGCUUUUUUAUUAGCAGAUGAGUUAGACGCUGAAGAACACGCACAUUUUAAAAAGCCUCCCAGAGCACAAGGAAUUAGAGGUGAUGAUGAUGAUGAUGGUGGUGAUGAUGAUGAAGGUAAAAAGAACUACUUCAGUGCCACAGUCCCCAGCCUGUCUGUCCUGGAUUUCCAGAAAUGCUUUCAGCUCACACAACCCCAGGUUGAAGAGUUGGUAAACUUACUUUCACCUUGCGAAUGGGCGACACGUAAACUCGAAGGAUGGACUGUGAUGCACGCGGUGCUUGCCAGUCUGUGGACUCUUUCCACUCUGGAGCCUCACAGCAGUGUUGCAGCCCGUUUUCACACCAGCGAGUCUCUGAUCCGCCUCCAGCUGACUGAUUUCUGUACCUUGGUUACAAAAAACUUUGCCGAUCAGAUCCGCUGGCCCAAGUGGAAAGAAGCCGAAGCUUCUGUGGCCGGGUUCUUAACCGACGUUGGGCUUCCUGGGACCAUUUGUGUGCUCGGAUCCUGCUCGAUUCCCAUUGACAGGCCUUCCGACGUGCCUGAUCCAGAGGUGUAUCGAGACUCUGUGGAAAAUACGUACUCUGUAACUCUCUUGGCUUUCUGCAAGCAUCAGGGUUGCUUCACUUUUCUAAGCGCAGAGCACCCAGGAAGCUGGCAUAACUCAAGAGUCCUUCUCGAGACUGAAGUUGGAAAGGCAUUGCAGGAGGAUCCUCUGAACCUGCUCCAUGGCAAGCAUAUAAUGGGAGACAUCACCUUUCCGCUGUCUGAGCAUCUUCUCACGCCGUUUCCAGACUACGGGAUGCUGGGAGAGAAGAAGCUGCGUUAUAAUUUAAGAGUGCACGCAGCUCUUAGAGUGGUCCGAGGAUCCCUAAACAGUCUGAGAUGCAGGUUUCAGCGGCUGAGGUAUUUGCAAAUGAAUUCUGUAGGACAAACCGGUCUGGCUGUGAGGACAUGCUGCAUCUUAUAUAACAUGUAUUUAGAGACUGAUAAUGCUGCCUCAGGUGAUAGUGUAGAGGAGCAUGUGAAUUCUCAGCUGCCUUUUCAUGAACUCCCCUAUGGCCACUCGGGCAGUCUCGGUGGAAUCUCUAAAAGACAGGACAUCGCUGCUUCGCUCGGACGAAAGACGAAGAAAAGGUGACAAAAGGAUACAAAGGAAAUCUUUUAAAAAUGAUGUUUAACUUAAUCCAAAUCUUUGUUGGUGCCAGAUGGUUUGGUUUCAGUGUUUUUGCAAAUUGUUGCAUGUGGAAAUCUUAAGCAGUCUCUCGAGUUGCCACAACAUGGUCCAUCCAGGUAGCGGUGGGUUUCCCAAAAGCCUCUUAACGCUAAGAGCGUCUUAACUAGGAGAGAGAGCGUUCAGUGUGCUGCUCGCGCUACCGUUUUACGAUGAUCUUUGCGCUGCGAUGCUUUUGGGAAACUCAGCCCAGUUCCGCAAGAAGAAAUGAUGAGAGAGAUCAGAGGAGAAUGAUCAGACUGGUAUUGUAUGACCGGAAAGUUCUAGUAACUCAAACACUCCUUACAACCGUGGUGAGCAGAAAUCUAACGUGGCACCACGUAACAUGGCAACAACUUGAAGUGGAAGAUUGGGAAACGUCCAGAUGAUGAUGAUGUUCCCAUCUUCUACUGUUAAGUUUCAUUGAGAGGGAAAAAAUUGCUAAUGAUUUCCCUUUUGGAUGUUUUUGGAGGAAUUUUUUUUUAAAGAACAUUUUGUUUUUAAAUUUGUAAAAUCCUCCCAUUAAAAAAUAGCUAUAUCACAUACUCACCGGACACUUUAUUAGGAACCCCCAUCCACCUGCUGUUUUAUGCAGUUACGUAAUCGGCCGAUCCCUUGACAGCAGCACAAUGCAUCAAAUCAUGCAGAUCCAAAUCAAAAGCUUCAGUUAAUGUUCACUUCAAACAUCAGAACGGGAAACAUUGUCAUCUCAAAGUGUGACUUUCUUUCACUGUGGCACUGUGGGUGUUGGUUUGAGCCAGAUGGACUGGUUUGAGUAUUUCAGAAACUCCUGGGGUUUCCACACACAACAGUCUCUAGAGUUUACACGGAAUGGUGCGAAAAACAAAAAAGCAUUGAGUGAACAACAGUUCUGUGGGUGGAAACGCCUUGUUGAUAAGAGAAAAUGGCCAGAUUGGUUUGAGCUGCCAGGAAGGGAUAUAAUAACUCAUAUAAUCACUCUUUACAAUCGUGGUGAGCAAAAAGGAUCUCAGCAUGCACCAGCAGAUGACCACAUUGGGUUCCAGUCCUGCCAGCCAAGAACAGGAAUCUUAGACUCAAGAAUAAGUUCCUGUUAAAGUAGCCGGUGAGUGUAUUUCUUCCACCCUAAAAUUAUGGAUGAUACAAAUGUUUUGUUCACAUCUGCAUAUUUAAACACAAACAAAGCAUAUACAGUAUGUUGUAAGUGCUCUUUUUAAAUGUAUUGAGAUACGAUGUAAAUACUAGUGCAUCUCAAAUUACAAUACCAUGAAAAAGUUCCUUUUUUUCAUAAUUUAAUUCAAAAAGGUAAACUUUCAUAUAUUCUAUAUUCAUUACAUGUAAAGUGAAAUAUUUAAAGCCUUUUUUGUUUUAAUUUUGAUGAUUAUGGCUUAUAGCUCAUGAAAAUCAGAAAUCCAGUAUCUCAAAUUAUUAGAAUAUUCCCUAAGAUCAAUAAAAAAAAGGAUUUACAAUACAGAAAUGUCCAACUUCUGAAAGGUAUAUUCGUUUAUACACUCAAUACUUGGUUGGGGCUCCUUUACCAUGAAUUACUGUAUCAGUGCGGUGUGGCAUGGAGGCGAUCAGUCUGUGGCACUGCUGAGGUGUUAUUGAAGCCCAGGUUGCUUUGAUAGUGGCCUUCAGCGUAUCUGUAUUUUUGGGUCGGGUGUUUCUCAUCUUCCUCUUGACAAUACCCCAUAGAUUCUCUAUGGGGUUCAGGUCAGGCAAGUUGGCCGGCCAGUCAAACACAGUAAUAUCAUGGUCAGCAAACCAUUUGGUAGUAGUUUUGGCACUGUGGGUAGGUGCCAAGUCCUGCUGGAAAAGGAAAUCAGCAUUUCCAAAAAGCUCGUCAGCAGAUGGAAGCAUGAAGUGCUCUAAAAUCUCCUGGUAGAUGGCUGUGUUGACUUUGGACUUGAUAAAAUACAGUGGACCAACACCAGCAGAUGACACAUGGCACCCCAAAUCAUCACAGACUGUGGAAACUUCACACUGGGCUUCAAACACCUUGGAUUCUGUGCCUCUCCACUCUUCCUCCAGACUCUAGAACCGUGAUUUCCAAAUUCAAUGCAAAAUGUACUUUCAUCUGAAAAGAGGACUUUGGACCACUGAGCAGCAGUCCAUUUCUUUCUCUCCUUAGCCCAGGUAAGGCACUUCUGAGAUUGUCUCUGGCUCAGGAGUAGCUUGAUAUUAGGAACGCGAAAGUUGUAUCCCCUUUCUUGAAGAUGUCUGUUUGUGAUGCGUCUUGAUACACUGACACCAGCCUCAGUCCACUCCUUGUGAAGCUCUCCCAAGUUCUUGAAUCAACUUUUCUUGACAAUCCUCUCAAGACUGCGGCCAUCCCUGUUGCUUGUGCACCUUUUCCAGCCACCCUUUUCAGCAAUGACCUUUUGUGGCUUACUCUCCUUGUGGAGGGCAUCAGUGAUCAUCUUCUGGACAACAGUCAAGCCAGCAGUCUUCCCCAUGAUUGUGGUUGUGUGUACUGAACUAGACUGAGAGAUACACGGUGUUCAUACUCUUUUACUCAAACUCGAAAUGAAAUAUUCUAAUAUUUUAAGAUGUGUUUUUUUUUUUUUUUUUACAUUUUUGUACUGUAUGCCAUACUGAUUUAAAAUAGAAAAAUGCUUGAAACAUUUUAGUUUGUGUAAUGAGUCUAUAAUAUAGAACACUUUCACUUUUUCUUAAAUAACUGAUGGAAAAUAUUGAACUUUUUCACAAUAUUCUAAUUUUUUGAGAUGCACUAGUAUACUAUAAACUGAAAUGUGACAAUUGUAGAUAUUGGUGUUUAUACAUGCAAGUUGGUGAUUUUUAUGGAUUUAAAAAAAAAUCUAUAUGUUGUCAGACUGCACUGUGUUGAUGUGAUAUAAAUGAUGAAUAAUAAAUGCAUUGCUACCCUCCUGUGGCAAAAUGUGAAAACACUCUGUGGGUCAUCAUCCAUCCG